AUGGAGAUUAUAACGGUUGCAGGUGCCGUUCUCACCCAGCUUCAGGAGGAAGAAUUGGGCUGCAUGGUGGAGAGUGGAAAAUAUGUUAGAGAUUUGAAGACGCUCAUUGCCACAAAGAUUGGAUAUUCAAGAUUUCGACUUAGACUCUUGAGCAAAGAGAUGGGCGAGCUACAGGAUGAUAUGCCUGUCAGACCACUACCAAGUUUGCAGUUAGUAAUCUUGGACUACUAUGCGCCUGAGGAGGCCAAUUGGCACGCACUACACUUUGCAUGUCAGAACAAGCGAGUUGUCGAAGUUACACGUUUGCUUCAGAAACCACUGAAUCCUAACUGGACAGGUGCAGACAUUGACCUUCCUGCACCUAUUCUUUUCGCUGCAAAACGGGGCCAUUUGGAGGUGGUGCGGCUGUUGCUCGAGGCUGGAGCUGACCAGAACGCAGCAAGGCAAGACGGGGCAACCGCCUUGGGGGCUACAGCUUUCAAUGGCCACUUGGAAGUGGCGCGGGUGUUGCUCGAGGCUGGAGCUGACCCGAACGCAGCAAGGCAAGAUGGGACAACCGCCUUGAUGGUUGCAGCUCUGAAUGGCCACUUGGAAGUGGUGCGGGUGUUGCUCGAGGCUGGAGCUGACCAGAACGCAACAACUCAAGACGGGGCAACCGCCUUGAUGUUUGCAGCUCACAAGGGCCACUUGGAAGUGGUGCGGUUGUUGCUCGAGGCUGGAGCUGACCCGAAGCCAGCAGAUCAAGAUGGGACAACCGCCUUGACGCAUGCUGCUUGCAAUGGCCACUUGGAAGUGGUGCGGGUGUUGCUCGAGGCUGGAGCUGACCCGAAGGCAGCAGCUCAAGAUGGGACUACCGCCUUGAUCCUUGCGGCUGAGAGUGGGCAGUUGGAAGUGCAGCAGCUGUUGCUCGAGGCUGGAGGUCACACCAUCCGCACUCCUCCAGGUCCGGGUCGUGAUCGACCGGACCGCUCGCGAUCGCGAUAG